ACGCGGCGUAGGUGUCAUUUUAUUUUCCCCCAUUUGCCUUCGAAAUUAGGUGGCAAAAGAAUUGCUCGCGCCUCGCAGUGCGAACCGGUCAGCUCCUUCCUCCCGGAAAAUUCUUCUCCGUACACGCACGCAAAGAACUCGUUCCCGUUGUCGAGCCUACGCUCGUCCGUUGGUGUAUCCAGGUCCGGCCGAACUCCGAAGAACGUCUUUUGGAUAUCUGCGAUUCGAUUCUCGAGUCGGUGGUUUUGUGAUUCUCCCGAUGUUGAUUCGAUCGGAGAAGGAUUACAGGCUCUCGCCUCUGAUUCUGACCUAUUCGAUUCUCCUCCUCAGCUGCUUUCCCGGUUUGACGCUCUCGGCCGACCUCACGCUGGAUUCCAUGGAAAUCUACAAUACUCACGAGUGGCUAAAGAGUUCGAACCCGACGGUGUAUUUCCGCUGCAAAGGGGAGGACGAAAUUGAAUUGCCUGACGUCAAAGAAGUCAAUGUCACGUACAGGUUCAAUGGCGAUGAAUCUUGGCAGCCAUUGACAGAGCUUACGUCCAAGAAAUGCAAGCGUUGUGGGUUCUAUGUAAAACACAUCAUUAAAUCCGACGAUGUGUUUGAAGAAUGGGAGUUGUGUCCUUCGGACUUUUUCGAUUCGGAUGGCAAGUAUCGGCGUGUCAAGGAGCAAGAGUUUGAUGCGGCCUUUUUGUGCAAACAGUGCGUGCCUCUGGCAACUGAUUCAAAUGGAGACUCUAGUAGCUCAUCUCACAAGGGGAAAGGAAUGCGUGUUGCUGUGAUUAUACUGAUCAGCGCUCUAGUUUCCACCGUUUUGAUUCUGGGGUCAGUUGUAGCAUACAAGCACUGGCUGAAGAAGAAGAGGCAACAAGAACAAGCUCGGUUUCUAAAACUUUUCGAAGAUGGUGAUGAUAUCGAGGACGAUUUGGAUCUGGAUACAAUGUAGAUGAAUACUUAGUAGCCUUCUUACUUUGGUGUACAGAUGAUGUUGCAUUUUACACGAAUUGGAAGCUAACAGAGCAUGGAUUAUGUAAGCAACAAUUUUCACUUCUUCAGUGACUGGUUGAAGUUAUCCAAUUCUUUUGAAUCGAAACCAUAAAUCGCCUUGAUCGUGUCUCUACAAGAGCUGCAAGCCUCUUUAUUGAAUUUCUUCUUGUCGAUGCCAUACAAGGACUCGAACACAUCAACCUCGACUCGGCAAAAGUAUGGCCGAUCUGCGUAUAUAGAGCACUUGCGGGUGCUUUUCUCGUAGUGUAUACACCAUCCAUCCGGGCCUAUUAAGCUUCUAUACAGCUGAAAGCGAACCAGUUGGGUCGGUCAUUUCGUCGAACAGUAGGCGGGCAACAAAAAUAAAGGUUGGAGAGCAAACCUCGACAUCGGAAGGAUUGGAGAAGAUUUCUUCAGGAGUGGCAAAAGAGGGGCCCUUGGCCAGCUUGCAGCACGCACCGCAACCCUCUACGCAUUUCCAUGAAAGCUCCUUCCUCUCGCCGCCGAAACCUUUCUUGGUGCUUCCUCCCGAUGUUUUCAGCUGUUGCUGCUGCCUUCUUGUUGUACUGUUCUCUCCUCCAUUUUGUCGCUGGCGGGCGGCUAUAACGACGCUGCUAAAACAUGGGAAAGCUGCGACGUGAGCCAUGGCCGUUCAGAAGACAGUAGCGUUGCUCGUCGUUGUCACUUGUACCCUUUGCAACCGGCUGGAUUUAGUUUCCUUUACCG